AUGCCUCUCCUCCUCUUGUUGCUCCUGCUGCCAGGCCCCUUACACUCCCAUUCCAUCUGUGACAUCUCCAAACCAACCAGCCAAGUGGAAGUGAACUGUGAUAAAAGGAACCUGACAGCGCUGCCUGCAGACUUGCCAGCAGACACAGCCAUCCUCCACCUGGGUGAGAACCACCUGGUUACCUUCUCCAUAGCAUCCCUGGUGCCUUUCACUCGCCUUAAUCAGCUGUACCUGAAUAAAAAUCAGCUGACCAGCGUGCAGACGGAUGGAACAUUGCCAUUGCUGGAGACCCUGGAUAUAUCCCAUAAUAAGUUGAAAAGCCUGCCAUCCUUAGGGCAGGCACUGCCUGCACUCACUACCCUGGAUGUUUCCUUCAACCAGUUGGCCUCAUUGUCUCCUGGUGCCCUGAAUGGCCUGAGCCAACUUCAUGAACUCUACUUGCAACACAACAAGCUGAAGACUCUGCCCCCUGGGCUCCUGGAACCCACGGCCCAGCUAAGGAAGCUCAAUCUUGCCAACAACAAGCUGGGUGAGCUACCCCCUGGGCUCCUGAAUGGGUUGGAGGAACUUGACACCCUCUACCUCCAAGCAAACUGGCUGCACACGAUACCAAGGGGCUUCUUUGGGGACCUCCUCCUGCCUUUUGUUUUUCUCCAUAGCAAUAUCUGGCAGUGUGACUGUGAGAUUCUCUAUUUCCGUCGCUGGCUGGAGGACAAUACCAGAAAUGUCUAUGUAUGGAAGGAGGGUGUGGAUGUCAAGGCCAUGACCCCCAAUGUGGCCAGUGUGCAAUGUAUCAAUUUGAACAAAAUACCCGUCUAUACCUAUUCAGGGAAAGAUUGCCCCACCCUUGGGGAUGGGGAUGACUAUGAUGACUAUGAGGAUUAUACGGUGGAUGCCACAAAGACUGUGGUCAAGUUCUCUACCAACACCAAACCCCAUACAAUCCACUGGGGCCUAUUCUACCCAGAGUCUACCACUUCUCUGAUUCAAAUGCCCUCUUUGCCUCCAACUGAAGAAUUCACUAAGAGACAGACCAUAUUCCCACACAGACAGAUUCCAGAUUCCUCCACAUUCCCAACAGCCAUGGAAUCUACCACACUAUCCAAAAGUCUAAAACCUACUAUUGAACUCAUCACAACUGUAACCACCCGAAUCUUAAGCAAGCCAGAACCCCCAGCCCCAACUGUCCCAGAGCCCCCCAUAGUCCUGACCUCCUCAGAGGCCACCACAGCCAUCAUCUCCCCAGAGCCCACCACGGCCCUGACCUCCCUGGAGCCUAUCACCGCCCUGAUGUCCCUGAAAGCCACCACAACCCCAACCUCCCCAGAACCUACCACAACCCUGACCUCCUGGGAGGCCACCACAGUCAUUACUUCUCCAGAGGUCACCACAACUCUGACUUCCGCAGAGCCCACCAUAGCCUGGACCUCCCCGGAGCCUGUCUCAGCCCUGACCUCCCUAAAAGCCACCAAAACCCCAACCUCCCCAGAGCCUACCACAGCCCUGAACUCCCCCGAGGCCACCACAGCCCUAACCAUGCCAGUACCCCCAACCUCAAUCACCCCAGAGCCCACCACAACCUUGACCAUUCCAAAACUAUUCUUUACCAUAAAACAUACCUCACCCCCUACUAACUUAGGCCCCCGAACAAUUCCCCCUGAAUUUGUCUACCCCCCAAUUGUCCCUGUAGUAGCUCAAGGGAAUUUUGAUAGCACCAGAAAUGACCCUUUUCUCAACCCUGACAUUUGCUGCUUCCUCCCUCUGGGCUUCUACAUCUUGGGUCUCCUCUGGCUCCUGUUUGCCUCUGUGGUCCUCAUCCUACUGCUGACCUGGGUCUGGCAUAUGAAAUCAUAUGCCCUGGAUUCUGACCAGUCUGCUGCCCUGGCCACAGCCAUGCAAACCACAUAUCUGGAGGUGCAGAGGGGAAGGCAAGUGACUGUGCCUCGGACCUGGCUGCUGUUCCUUCAAGGAUCACUCCCCACUUUCCGUUCCAGCCUCUUUCUGUGGAUACGGCCUAAUGGCCGCAUGGGGCCUCUGGUAUCAGGACGGCGGCCCUCAGCCUUGAGUCAGGGUCGUGGUCAGGACCUGUUGGGAACAGUGAGCAUUAGGUACUCUGACCAUAGCCUCUGA